AUGCUUUUCCAAAAGAUUGCUCUUCCAUUAGCAUUGUUGGCUACUGGUGCCUUGGCUGCCACUGGUAACAACUCCACCUUAACCACUGCUACUCCAACCGCAGUUUCUAAAGGUUGUAGCUUCAGUGAUUUCACUGCUACUGUCCCUUCUCAAGUUCAAGAAGUUGCUGCUUGUCCUACUGCCGUUGGUAACAUCGUCAUCCUGGGGUCCGAUUUGGGUUCUAGCGUUGAUCUUACCGGAGUCAAGCAAAUUUUCGGUGACUUGAGCAUUAAAAACGCCACCAGAAUCAUCUCCUUUGUUGCUCCUGAUUUGGAAUUGAUCAGUGGUAACUUUGAAAUCAUCUCUGCUACUGUUUUGGAAACCAUUAACUUGGCUCAAUUGACUACUGUUGGUACUUUGUUGUGGAAUCACUUGAAUGCCAUUAACAGUACUGGUUUAACUAGUGGGUUGACUACUGCGGAUUCCGUCACUAUCUCUGAUACUACUUUGGCUGCUUUAGAAGGUAUUAACGUCUUUCAAUUAAAGACCUUUGACAUCAACAACAAUGGUAAUAUCCAAUUGAUCGAUUCCGGCUUAAAAUCCGUCACCGAUUUGUUGUCAGUUUCUUUCAACUCUGAAAGUGUUGACGUUAAGUUGGAUUAUCUUACUUCUGCCAAGAAUGUCGUUUUCCAAUCUGUCAACUCCAUCUCUGCUGCAAAUUUGACCUCCGUCAAUGGCUCCUUGACCAUUUCUUCUUCGAACUUGAAGGAGCUUUCUUUGGACAAGUUGACCAAUGUAGGUGCUGCUUUGACCAUUGAUGACAACACCAAGUUGACCGAUGUUAGCUUUGCCUCUUUGAAGAACAUUGCUGGUGCCUUUGAAAUUGCAGACAACACUAACUUGGGUGACUUUGGUGACUUUGAAAAGUUGGCUACCGUUGGUGGUUCUGUUAACUUUACCGGUACUUUUGACAACGGUACUUUACCUGCAUUGACCAGAGUUUCCGGUGGUUUCUCAUUGGACUCUGACGGAGACUUGCCAUGUAAAGAAUUCAACAAGUUGAACUCUGAUGGUGUUGUUAAGGGUGACAAGUACUUCUGUGCUGGUAAGUCUGAAUCCACUUCUUCAUCCUCUGCUAAGUCUGGUUCUGGAUCUGCUACUGCUGAUUCUUCCUCUUCAGGUUCCGGUUCUGCUUCUUCUUCUUCUACAUCCUCCAAGAAGUCUAGUGGUUCUUCCAACAAUGCUGGUUUGACCGGACUCUUUAUGUCUAUGAUCAUGAUGUGUUUUGGUGUUGCUUUGAUUUAA